UCAGGCCACUGCAAUCUCCUGCUCGUGUUUGCGCCAGGGCCGUAGUUCUUAAACUCAGCAAAGCGUAUCCAGAUUCGCCAUCCCGUUCCUUUCCAGCAACUCAGCAGACGUUUCAACAUUGGUUUACGCGGGUAAAGGUUGCAGCUCCGGAAGAUUACGGCAGCAUUGCUAAAGCUGGAAUCUAUAGUGCUCUAUAUGUCGCAUUCUCUGUAGAAUUGGCGGAGAGAGUGAACGCAGAGAUUAUCUUGGUGGCCUUUGAAGCUGCAGUGGUAGAAAGAGGAGACAUCUGCGUUGUUCCUCAAUGCUACUGUUUGAUGCUUUUCAGGACUAAAUCCACGCUCAUAAAUCGCUCUCCAGACCCAGUAAAGGUCGAAAAGCAGCACUGCAAAACCAGAGCAGCAGCAAUUGGGGGAAACUAAAAUCAUUGAUGUUCCGCCUUCUCGAGUUAUAAAUGUGGAUGGUGGCUGCUUGUAUCCUGAUAUCUUUUCUCCACUGCAGUUGACAUUUCUGGACGCCCAUAAAGAAAGGAGGGGAAGCUCUGGGAGAGGGAUCAAAAGCAGUUCAAUAGAAGAUUCAAAUAGCUGAUCGCAAAAUAAAUCUAAUAAAAAAUAAAUAACGUCCUUAUGUCUUGGUGCCAGGAUGUUGAUGAAACUAGGGUUCUCAUUGCUCCAGAUCCAGGGGUAAUUGGAAGUAAUCUUGGACGUUUUCUGUUGCUUCGACAUCCCAAAUCAGGGAAUGCAACUCGUUAUCUCUUUGUUAAUGGGGUGCUUCAAGAACUUCACUGGUUUAAGGAAUCUUAUCGGUCUUGGUUUUUAGGCGAUUAUAUUUGUGAAGAUGGCCGCUUAUAUAUGGCUACUCCCAUUGAUCCUAUUUUUGUUAUGUUGCCUAUCUUCGAAGAAGCAAGAAUGAAGAAAGUGGAAGAUCCUGGGAAGUUCAGGCAAUUAGAUGAGAUAAUCUUUGUUCCUGGCUAUCCUGGAUAUCAAGAUUUAUUAUCUCUUGUGGAGAACUUCAUGCACAUUGUCUGUGAAGUUAGAGAAAUUGGAUCAACAAAGUUCUACAGGCUUGAUGACUCAAAGGUUUUAGCUUGGCUGUACUAUAAGGUAUGCCAAUUAAAACAGACUCUACCAGCACUGGAUCGGAACUAUGCUGCUCAGGAUGAGAAGGACACAUUGGCAGAUGCAAUAUCAAUAGUAGGGGAGUACUUGAGAGCUGAGCCUUGGUUGAAGCUUUUAUGUGAUCAUUUGAAGUAUUGGUGCAGGUUAGAUUCUGCAGAGGUUGCUAGGAGAGCAUCUCAUUCGGAAGUUAUUGCAGCUAGCAGGGAGAGUAACAUGGAGUUACCGAAUCAUGUUAAGGAAAAGAGCAAUGAUAGAAGGAUCACAAGAAGUGUAAAGCAGAGUAAAAAGGCAAAAGUGGAGACAGAAUCACGGAACAUAAAAGAAAUGUUCUUCAGAGCUUCAAAAAGAGCAGGCUGAACCGAACCAUCUUUCUUAAAAUGUUGAAUUUGAUUUGUUAAAUUUUGUGCUCUGCCUUGGUGGUUGUUAAAAGCCAUAGUAUCAAAGUUUGUGAAGAUUGUUAUAUAUUCAUGGACCAUAAAUGAUUUAAAGCACUCUGAUUGUGAAUGA